GUGAAAACGAGCAUUUCACCCCCCCUUUAAUCAUUAUGUUUUAAUGUAAAACAGACUAAAACACUGUUAUGUACAAUGCAUUGGUGAACAGUAACCUGUUUUAAUAGUUAUACUGAUAACACUUCACAUAUUUUUAUACACAUACAAGUGGAAAUAAAAGAGGUCAUAAUUGUAGGAUGUUUCAUUGCAUUGCAAAAUGUAUCUGUUUCAGAAUGUAUCUAUUGACAAAGUAAGCUCUCUGGUAAGAAGUGCUUAUGCAAGGUGAAGUAAAGCAGAUAAGCCAACAACAUGAAUUUCAAAUCCUCAGUACAACAUAUUACAAUGACGCAACAAUCAUUACAAAAUUCUGAAUAUGGUCUAUCAACCAUUUAAGAAGUGCUGAAAUGACAAAUGGGUUAACAGUUUAUCCAAACUAGUACUUCAAUUCUUUUGUACUGUUUCCUUACUUAGUUUUAAUGUAAUUUUUUUGUGUCUAAACAUGUUCCUAAAUGCAGAUUCAGUACAUAUCAACGGUAACUGUUAUGUCUGACAUCAGAAUGACUAAAUGUCUCAGUGAAAGCCACAAGAUAAUUUCAAUUCCCCAUAGAGUUAAAGAGACAGUUCACCCAAAAAAUAUUCUCACCUUUAUGUUGUUUCAAACCUGCAUGAAUUUCUUCCUACUGCUGAACACAAAAGAAGAUAUUUUGAAGACUGUUGGUAAACGAACAGUCGCUGGUAGCCAUUGAUUUUCCUCCAUAUUUCUUCCAUACUGUGGAAGUUAAUGGCUACCAGCAACUGCUUGCUUACCAACGAAGAUCUUUUCUUGUGUUCAACAGAAGAAAUACAUUUAUACUGGUUUGGAACAUCCUGUUGUAAAUGCUGACAGAAUUAUUUUGAGGUGAGGUCUCACUUUAAGCAGAUUCACCACGCUGCAAGAGAGAGAGAGAGCUAUAAAAGGAAAGAGAGGAAGAGACUAACAGACAGUGAGAAAGAGGCACGAAAAGAUGCUGAACUUUCACUUUUGCUGCAUUUCAUACCGCUGAAGUGAGAAAUAGAAAUUUAGAGUAGCAUCAAUGUCUGAAUGUCUGAAAAUCUGCUCUGCUAUCUGUGACUUCUCCUGUGUAUAACUAUGAUGAGCCCAGAUUUAGAGAACUGCACCAACUUGUAUGACCAUCGUCCAGUGGCCCGAGUCCUCAUACCUCUGGCCUAUUCCAUCAUAUGUCCAGUGGGACUUUUAGGCAAUGCCCUGGCUCUUCAUGUGAUCUUCUCCAACAUCACCAAAAUUAAUUCCAUCACGCUUUAUUCCGCCAACCUGGCUGUGUCCGAUAUCAUGUUCUGCCUGUCGCUUCCCCUCCGAGCUGUUUACUACGGCCUUGGCUUCCACUGGCCCCUGGGGGAAGGACUCUGUAAAGCCAUAACCCUGCUCUUCUAUUUGAACUGCUAUGCUGGAGUAAACUUCAUGACCUGCCUGGCAGUCGAUCGCUUUGUGGCGAUGGUGUUUCCUCAGAGUCUGGUGAAACUGAGAAAGGUGAAAAAUGUGCGAUUGGUGUGUCUGGCCAUAUGGCUGCUGGUGUUUGCUCAGACGUUGCCUCUCCUGACCAUUAACUUGACCAAAACGGAGCAUGACAACAGCAUCACCUGUAUGGAAUACCCCAAUUUCGAGGGUCUUUUCAAAGGGCUGCCCUACAUGCUGAUCGUGGGGGUAGUUUUAGGCUUUGGAGUCCCAGUGGUGACAAUCAUCGCCUGCUAUUCCAUUCUGACCCGUAAACUACGUCUAGCAGCAAAGUCGAACCGACUGACAGAACGUUCUGGAAGAACCAAAAAAGCAAGAGGAGUGAUCGCGGGAGUGGUAUUUGUGUUUGUGGUGUGCUUCAGCCCAUACCAUAUAGACCUUUUGCAAUACAUGAUCCGAAAACUUUUCUACGCUCCAGACUGCACGGAGCUACAGUCCUUUCAGAUAUCCCUGCAUAUUACGGUGUGUCUUAUGAACUUAAAUUCCUGUCUGGAUCCCUUUGUUUACUUUUUUGCAUGCAAGGGCUACAAGCAGAAGCUGACGAGAAUGAUGAAGUGGCAGGUUGGCACCCACUUCUCCACUGCUGGAAGAAUCUCGCCUGAAAGUUCAGGCAUAGGCGACGAGCUCGGCACACGCCGCAACAACAAGAUAAAAAUGAACACUAUUAGAGAAGCUCUGUAAAACAAUCAUCAACAAACACAUAUGUGGGGCCACAGUCAGGCCCAUCGCAACAAGGCAGGCAAACCAAGCAAUUGCUUGGGGCCCCGAACUGACCUGGGGCCCCAAGACAACGACUGGUUAAGAAUAAAAUGCAACGACACCGUGUGAGCGCCCCUUUGAUCGUCAAUGCAGUAACAUGUAAUGACACUGUUAUCGGGAUCCCCCUCAAGGGGGCCCCUCUCAGUUGUCGCUGACAGCAGCAGGCCAACCAGGUCAA